CCUUCCAAGAGAGAAAGAAAGAUCAGAGAGAAACGCCGCAGAAAGAUCAUAGAAAUGUGCGACUUUAAUCUUCAAGAAUUCCAAAUCCCCGCAGCCAACAACUUAGAAGAUGAAUCCAUUGAUUUCUCUCUUCUCCGCCUUGACUCCUCUACCAACAACCACCACCACAGUACUCCUUGCACUACUUGUGGCUGCUCCGCCUCUUCCUCUUACAACAAACGCAGGUCUCCUGACCAUAACCCACAAGACCACCUCACAAAGAAACCCAAGAAACUGUUUGUUGAACCCCAUGAAACCACUACUACUAACGACAACAACAAUGCUCCUAAUUCUGUAUCGGGUUUCUCCAAGAUUCUCCAACCCAUUUGCAGUGCUGACCCUGUCCUCCUCCGCUGCUUUUCUGAUCCUUGUUCCCCGCCAAAUGUGGCCAACUUGGUAGCACAAUCGCCACCGGGGAGUUCCAAGAAGGGAAGUGCGUCUCUGCCUCCAAAGCCACCGUUGAGAAGAUCAGUGUCAGACCUUUCUCCUGACAAGAGCCUUUCAAGGUCUUCAAGUUCCAAUGGAGGUUCCAGUUUCAAGUGGCUGAAGAAGAUGAGGGAUAGCAUGAAGGAAAUAAAUCAAUGGUGGGACGAAAUUAUGCCCGACACUGAUGAAGUUUUUGCUGAGCCAUGUGAUUUUGAAGAAGAAGCUGAGAAAUUAGGCCCUGAAGAUAACCCUCCUGAUGCAACUGAAAAGAGUGAUUCAAUGAAAGAUUACGAAGAAUCUGUUUGUGUGGAGAAAUCUGGGGAUUGCUUCAUCGUUCACUUCAAGUGUCCCUGCGGCAAACGAUAUCAGAUCCUUCUCUCUAGAGGGAACUGUUACUACAAAAUCAUGUAGAAUGUGCAUCUGAUUCGCCUAAGAAGGCUGAUUCCAGAUUUUUUCAGGAUGAUUUUGUAGACAAGGCUAUGAUUCUGAUCCUGUGAUAAUUCUUCUUAGGUCAUAAUUUGGCCUUUUUGAUUGAUAUUGUUGAUAGUAUUCAUUUACUCUACAGUCUAAUUUUCUCUGGAUGAAUUACUUUUCAUCUGAGUGCGUUGUGUUUUUACAAAAUUGGAUAGAAAAUUAGUCUGUCAAGUUAGAAUCUGCAAAGAGACAUGGAAAACAGAUCCUGAAAGCACUUGUUGAGAUUCUUGUCUUCUGUUUCCUGG